AGUGAAGAGCAAGACAUCUUAGGACGAAACAGCCUGAAGAGCAAAGAACAGCUUGAACCAAGAGGAAAUCAGCAUCUCGGUGUGCACAGCUGAGCUUUAGCCCUUGAGAAGCAAAUGAAGCAAGAGACGGCGUUCUCAGCACAUCUCCAGCAGACAAGAGGAAGUUUCACUGCAUUUUCAGACAUGAAGAGAGACGCGGCUGAGAUUCAGGCCUUGUACGAGCAGCAGGGGUACAUGUCGGCCAUUCCCAACCUGAGUCCUGAAGAGCUGCAGCAGGCCCGGGAUGCCUUCGCUGAGCUGGAGAGAAAACAUGGUGAAGAUUACACCGCUUACAGCCUUCAUAAUGUCCACAAGGAGUAUGACUGGGUGAUGGGCCUCGCCAAGCACCCUAAGCUUCUGGAGGCGGUCAUAGCAGUUCUGGGGCCAGACGUCAUCCUGCUGGACUCCAGAUUCAUUUGUAAAUAUCCAGUAUGUAAGACGCAAGAAAGCACCGGCGUCAUCCAACCGAACAACACCUGUGAUAAGGAAAAGGACGGUGUUGAGAAGACAGAUGGGAUGCCGUUUGUGGCCUGGCACCAGGAUAUGAAGUACUGGGGCUUUGAUGGAGGUCCCGUUCUGUCCGUCUGGCUCGCUCUGGAUGACUCACUUGAGGACAACGGAGCACUGCAGGUUAUUCCAGGAAGCCACCACUCUGGUCUUCUGCCCCAUUACCAGUCAAAACGAGCUGGCAACAUGCUAAGCGUCAAUCAGGAGAUCCCAGAGGAGCUGGUGGAGACGGAGAAGGCCAUCUUAUGCCCCCUUCAAGCUGGUCAGAUGUCUAUCCAUGAUGGCCUUCUGGUUCAUGCCAGCGAUCCCAACACAUCUAAUAGGAGGCGCUGUGGCUAUGUGAUCCGAUAUGUCCCUACAUCCACUUAUCCAAUCCAGGACCCUGAGCGUCCCAGGACUUUUCUUGCCACGGUGCUGGUCAGCGGUAUUGACAAACACAACCAUUUCUCCAACAAAACCUCCAAACUGUGACCGGUUUAUAAUGACCUCUUUAUUUAAGACAUGGGUGCUUUAGCUUUAUGAACUAAUUAAACUUUAACAAUGUGUGUCAAAUGAAACAGCGUUUUUUUUUUUAGCUGUUAUACCUGUUUUUCUUAUUACUUAGCAUUACUUGUGACAAUUUGAAAGUUUAUAUUUAUAUGUCCUAUAUACAUUUUUUUUAUUUAAAAUUUGGGUAUGUAUCUUUCAGGCUUUUCAGGAAAUCAUGUGUUGUGGGAUUUUGAACUGUAUGUGUCCUUUGACUGUCACUUUCUGAAUAUGGAACUGAUCUGAAAUACUCAAUAAAUUGUUCA